AUGAAAGUCGACGAACGUGAGAGUCAAAAGAAUCACAAGAAAACGGCGAAGAAAGAAGUUCAAGUUCCAUUGGCUAAAGAUUGUUCGGAUGAAGCUGAAGAGGAUGAAGUGAGAUUCGUAAAGAAGAAUGGAAAAGUCUUAGCAAGUGAUGGGUGUGAUAUUCUGGAUUUCGAUUUGAGUGAUCCGGCUUGUCGACAGUUUUGUCUCUUUGCAUGGUGUAUCACAUUUAUCGGCAUUCGCUUUCGACCAUUUGAUAGUAAACUCGCGAUCACUCUUCGGCUGAUCUAUCAGGGAUUGGUGAUCGCUUUGUGUUUAUACACUUGUGGCUACGAUUUCUACCAUGCAGUUUAUCACUAUGAUCCAAGAACUUCUGGCACUGCUUAUCAGUGGAUGGUCGUUGUGGCUCAAGCAAUGUUCUCACAACCUCGCGAGCGUUCAAUCCGAAACAACACGAACCGCUUUCUCUUUCUCUUCUUCACUGCAAUCGGCGCAAAUUUUUGCUAUUUUCUAUCAGUGCAAUUCGACUUCGCUACAGAAGUCAUUCAUCCAAGUUUUCGAUAUACUUAUAUUUAUGAAGAGUUAGUCUAUCUCCGGCUCUACUUGAUCUAUUUCAAUAUGGAAGUCUGGGCGAUUGCUCUUCACACUUAUAUGUGCUUAUCAAAUAUUAUGUACUGGGAGGCGAAGAAGUUCAAUCGAAAGUUGAAAGAGAUGAAAGCCGAGACUCCAGAGGAGAUGGUGAAAAAGGUGGAGGAGAUGAUCCUCAUUCACACGCAGCUCAAUCGAUGCGUCAGGGAAUUGGAUCAGAUUUUUAAGAUCUACGCUUUCCUAAUCGUUUGCUCGAUCGUUCCAUCGACUUUGUUCACGGCGGCGAUGGUGCUCACAAGGACAUCGAUUAUCGGAUUUUUGCUUUGGUUUGUU